AUGUUCAAACAUAAAUCAGCUUCAUUUCAUGAUGCAAGUAUUGAUACCCAAUUAAAGUUUAAACCUCCAAAACCAGAAUUAAUCUCUAAUUCAACUAAAAGAAAUUCUGAAGUAUUGUCUCAUGUAAUUAAUUUAAUUUCUAAAUUAGCCUCCAGAAUUAUUAGCUAAAUUGUAUUAAACUAAUAGACUCUUAGAAUAAAAUAUAAUAAAGUUAAAUGAUACUUAGUAAAUAUUGUCUUAAAAAGAAGAAGAAAUAUUAAAUUUGAAAUAAAAACUAAAAUGCUCAACAAAGGAUUUAAAUGAAAGAAAUGAAAAAAUUGCAUAAUUAACAGAAUAAUUAAAAGGAUUAAAAGCAGAUUCAAGAAAACAUAGUUCUGAUAGAAGCAAUCAAGAACUAUAAUAAAAACUGCAUCAUGUUUCUUAACAUAAUGAAGCCUUGUUUUAAGAUUAUUAAUCAGUGCUCUUACAAAAUUAAAAUUAUUAGUAGCAAAUAAUUGAACUUCAAGAUCAGUUAAAUUCAAUAUCAUACAGAUUAAGAGAAUCAGAAUAAGCAAUAUAGUUGAUUAAAGAAACAGAAACAAAAGUUAAUUAUCUUGAAUUAGAUGUUGAUAGAUUAGAAGAAAAACAAAAAAAGUCUUUUCCUGAAAUAAAUAAAUAAACAUAAUAACUAAAAAUUCAAUAUGAAACAAAUAUACAAUUACUUAAUUGCGGAGUAGAUUAUAUAGCCUCUUAAUUUUAAAAGUCUAUAACAAUUUUAACAAAGUAACUUUAAAUGGUUUAGAAAUUUUCAAAAAGAAAUGUUGUGUUAUCAGAAACUCAAUUAACUUUUUAUGGAUUAAAUACAUUGGCAUAAUAAACAAAUUCAAAAAGAGUUUAAUCUAUACUAUAAAAAAUGAAUAUUAGUGAGACUCUUUAAAGUUGGUUAGAAGGGAUUGUAACUUUUCUAAUGAUUAAUUGUCAGGAAAUAUUCUAAAAAGAAGUUGAUAAGAAAUUAGAUAAAUUGUCAAGACAAAUAACAUAAGUUCAUGAAAUAGCUAUAUAAUUAGCUACAUCCUAUGAUUUUAUGAAAUUUGGAAAAAAUGUACUUAAUUCUUUUAUUAAUAUAGAAAUGCAAUAAUAUGAGUGCAUAUAGUUAGAAGUCAAAUAGUUAUUGCUCAAGAUUUCAAGAUAAAGAAAAUGAAGAAUAUAGUUAAAAUAUCAAACUUAAAGAUUUCUUAGAUUUAGCAUUAAUGUAUUAUAAUUUUUUAAUCAUAUUAGUAAAUUAGGUGAACAUUUAGCAUAAAUCUAAUAAUUAAAUAUAGAAUUAUAAGUUUCGAAUUUUUAGAAUAAAUCUUCGAGAGAACUGCAAAUGGGCCUUAAAGAAUAAUUGCAUUUGCAUGAAAAUUUAGCAAAUUAUCUAAAAAAAGAGUUAAUUUCAAUAAAAAAAGAAAUUACUAGUCAUUCAUAGAGAGGAUAAGUAAAGAAGUACAGUUACAUGCCAAAAAUGAUAUGA